GUUGCUCCUCUUCUUGACCAUAUUCCUCAAAAUCAAAAAAGCAUCACGGCAAUUUUUUUGUUUCUGGACUGUCUUCCUGGAUCAGUUCAAGACUUCUAGAAGAUGAGCAUGGAUCCUAAAGUCACUGAACUUUCUGAUUACGUAAAUGGUUUCCAAGUUGAGCAAGAUACAAUCUUCAAUCCUGUUCAGCACUCAGAUCUCACAAAUGGGUUCAAUUUCAAUGUCCCAUCUCCAGAUCUUAGUUUCAUGGACCUCCCAUUUAUUCUCCCCAAUUCAGAACCUGCUAGUUUCCCUCCAUCUGUUUCUGUUAGCUCUGAUGAGGGUUUGUUCUCUGUGUCCACGAGCUGGAGCCCGGAGGGAGCCGGCUUCUCUCCCAGCGGUGAUAGUGAAUCCUCUGACCCAGUUCUCAAGUACAUAAGCCAGAUGCUUAUGGAAGAGAACAUGGACGACAGGCCCUGGAAGGACCCAUUGGCUCUACAAGACACUGAAAAAUCAUUAUAUGAAGUCCUAGUAGAGCAUUAUCCUCCUCCAAGUGAUCAACCCCAACUGUUUCUACACCAGAAUUUGGAGAUUUCCGACAGUAUUGUAUCUGGUGGUAGUACUAGUGGUCAUUCUAUUACUAGCCCCAGCACCAGUAUUGGGACUGACAAUCUGUGGGUAGGUGAUGUUGGAGAUUAUAGUCCAUCCGUAUCAGAAGCUUUGCUUCCGAGUGAUUACCAUUUUCAGCCCAAUUCAAACCAGACCAGUUCACAGUUUUCUGUUAGCUCAACUAGUACCCCAGGUAACAUGGGUAAUGGGCUGAUGGAACCUUCUGCCACUAAGAUUAUGGUUCAGACUAUGCUCAGUGAUGUGGAAUCUGCCUUGCAGUUCAAGAAAGGGUAUGAGGAAGCUAGUAAGUUCCUUCCCCGUGGUACCCAAAUGAUUAUUGAUCUAGGGAGUACCACAUUUGUUAGCAAUCAAAAGGUAGGGGUUUCUAAUGCAACUGUCAAUGAGGAGAAGAAUGAGAGGCUGCAAUCACCUGAUGGGUUGUGGGGUAGAAAGCAAAACCAUAAACGGGAAAAUAGAGAAUUAGAGGACGAGAGGAGUACUAAGCAGUCAGCAGUUUAUGUUGAUGAGAGUGAACUAUGUGAGAUGUUUGAUAAAGUAUUGCUAUGCCAUCGUGAUGAUAAAGAUGACAAUGAAGGUUUACAGCUUGACGGAAGCAAAACCUUGCAGCCCAAUGUAUCUGAUGCUGGGAAAACCCGUUCCAAGAGAGGGGGCAAGAAGAAGGAAACAGUUGAUCUGAGGGCUCUUUUGAUUCUCUGUGCACAAGCUGUCUCAUCUUAUGAUCGCAGGACUGCUGGUGAGCUACUAAAGCAGAUUAGGGAGCACUCUUCUCCAUAUGGUGAUGGGUCUCAGAGGUUGGCCCAUUACUUUGCCAAUGGCCUUGAGACACGCUUGGAUGGGAGUGCAACUAGAACUCAAAAUUUUUUCACCUCCAUAACUUCCAAAGAGUUAGCAGUUGCUGAUGCAUUGAAAGCCUACAAAGUUCACCUUACAGCUUGUCCAUUUACAAGGCUGGGAAUUGGUUUUGCCAACAAAAUGAUCUGCAGCAUGGCGGAGAAGGCAACCAGUCUUCAUGUUGUAGACUUUGGUAUCCUAUUUGGUUUCCAGUGGCCACCGCUUAUUCAUUUGCUUUCCAUGAGAGCUGGUGGGCCUCCCAAGCUAAGAAUUACAGGAAUAGAGCUUCCGCAACGUGGCUUUAGACCAUCAGAAAGAAUUGAGGAGACAGGACGUCACUUGGCAAAGUAUUGUGAGCGGUUUAAUGUUCCUUUCGAAUACAACUCCAUAGCAGUGCAGAACUGGGAAAGCAUCCAACUUGAAGACCUCAAACUUGAUUGUAAUGAGAUGCUGGCAGUGAACAAUCUUUUCCGGUUUGAGAAUCUCCUUGAUGAGACAGCAGAUUCAGAAGUGGACUGUCCAAGGAAUGUUGUUUUAAAAUUAAUCAGGAGUAUGAACCCUGCCAUUUUUGUCAACUCUAUUUUGAAUGGUUCUUACAAUGCUCCAUUCUUUGUUACAAGGUUCAAGGAGGCACUUUUCCAUUUGUCUGCAAUAUAUGAUGUGUUUGACAAUACCAUGGAUCGUGAAGAGCCAGCAAGAUUGAUGCUUGAAAAUGAAGUUUACGGGUGUGAAGCAAUUAAUGUUGUAGCAUAUGAGGGUGCAGAGAGGGUUCAUAGGCCAGAGACAUGGAAGCAGUGGCAGGUUCGAAACAUAAGGGCAGGGUUCAAGCCACUCCCAUUGGAUCAGGAACUGAUGCAGCUGAUAAGGGAUAAGAUGAAGGAGAGUUGUUACCACAAGGAAUUUGUAUUGGAUCAGAACAGUCACUGGGUGCUACAGGGAUGGAAGGGCAGGGUUCUUUAUGCAUCCUCCUGCUGGGUACCUGCUUAGGAGUUCUGACUAACAUGUUAGUUAGAAACUAAGGACUUUUCAACUCAGAUGUAGUGAUCAGCUUAUUCCAUGUAAAUUCUAUACUGAGUUUGACAUGCUGUGUUUGUUCAAUAACUUGGAGGAAAUGAAAUUCUGACGGGCCUUUUCUGUUCUUUCUUCAAUGGUCAUUCAUUCAUCUCUUUCACGGCAAUUAUUAUACUAAU